AUGGAUCAAGUGUCUCGUGACUUGGCGUUCCGCGUUCGUGUUCGCGCCACUCAAGUUAGGUAUGAGAAAGAAAUGAAAAUAAAGUUCAGGAAACAGUAA